ACACAUGAACGCAGCCGUGACGUCACUUAGCACGCGACAGAGUCAUCUGGAGCUGCACGGACUGUUGUGGUGGAGUAACCGAGAUCAUUUAACCCCGAAAAAUGGUGAAAUCGGGGAAACUGCGAUCCGGGACGGGGUCUAAACUCAAGCGGUGGAAGAAAGGACACAGCAGCGACUCCAACCCGCAGACGAACCGGUUCCGUACGGCUGCUAAAAGCCGCUUCUUCAGCAGACCCUCCGUCAACAGUGAUCUAACAGUCGAUGCCUUGAAGCUGCACAAUGAUCUGCAGACAGGCCCGCUGGAGCUGGGCAGCCGUAAAGAUGCCUGUAUGGAAGAGGAGCCAGAUGAGGCGUUUUCAGACAAGACCUCGGGUACCUUCCUCAGCGGUCUGUCCGACUGCUCCAACCUGACGUUCAGAAAGGUGCAGCGCUACUGGGAGUCCAAUUCAGCAGCUCAUAAAGAGAUCUGUGCCGUGUUGGCAGCAGUUACUGAGGUGAUCCGGAGUCAAGGAGGGAAGGAGACAGAAACAGAGUACUUUGCUGCUCUGAUGACCACUCUGGAGGUUGUGGAUACAGCUGAGUCACAGGCUGCAGUGGCGUACCUCCUCAACCUCGUGAUGAAACGGGUUCCUGCUCCAGUGCUUAUGUCCAAGUUCUCAGACACCACCAAGGCUCUGAUGGACGUCAUGUCUAAACAGGCGACGUCUGAGACGGCUGCAGCUCUCAGAUGGGUCCUGUCGUGUCUGGCAACCUUGUUAAGGAAGCAGGAUGUAUCUGUGUGGACUUACCCGACUACUCUUCAGGCAUAUCACGGCCUUCUCAGCUUCACAGUGCACAGCAAACCAAAGGUCCGUAAAGCAGCACAGCAAGGUGUUUGUGCCAUUCUCAGAGGAAGCGAGUUCCUGUUCAAAGAUAAUGCUCCAACCCAUCACCCUGCUGCCAUGACAACAGCCAAGUUCUGCAUCAAGGAGAUGGAGCAGGCAGGAGGCAGCAAAGAGGACACCACCACGCUUCAUGUUCUGGGUCUCCUCAAAGAGUUGAUGGGGACGUUUCCUCUGGGAGCCGUCAAGUCCUGCUGUGAGACUUUGCUGCGAGUGAUGACGCUCAGCCACGUGCUGGUGACGGCGAGCGCCAUGCAGGCCUUUCACAGACUGUUCAGUGGGAAACCAAACGCUUCAACUCUCUCUCCAGAACUCAACGCACAGAUCAUCACGGCUCUGUAUGACUACCUGCCCAGUGAGAACGACCUGCAGCCUCUGUUGGCCUGGCUCACCGUCAUGGAGAAAGCACAUGUUCACUUAGCAAGCUUGCAGAGCUCUCUGAGUUUGGGUCACCUCCCUCGCCUCUUCUCUUCUGCCAUGUCCUGCCUGUUGUCGCCUCACGCACAAGUGGUUUCUGCAGCAACUAACACACUAAAGACUUUGUUGACUGAGUGUGUUGCUCCUCACAUGGGGGAAAUAGGGAUGAUCACCGCCACAGCGUCUGCAGGAAACCCUUCAUACAUCUGCAAAAUGUUUCGCAUUGUAGAGGAAGGAUUGUCGUAUCGCUUCCACGCCUCCUGGCCGUUUGUGCUGCAGAUCCUGGGAUCCUUUUACCGAGCUGCAGGGAAACAAGCUCACCCCGUCAUGACCAAGUCCCUGCAGUCUCUGGCAGACCUGCGCUCCACCCCUCAGUUCCCCUUCAGUGGGGAGUUGGACCUGGCUGUGGGAGGAGCUGUGGAGAGCAUGGGGCCUGACGUGGUGCUGGGUGCUGUGCCUCUCAACAUCACUGGGUUCGAGGAUGAUUUGGAGUUUCCUCGCAGCUGGCUGGUCCCUGUGAUCCGUGAUCACGUGAAGAACACUCACCUCAGCUUCUUCUCUUCAUAUUUCCUCCCUCUGGCUUCUACACUCAAGCAGAGAGCUGAAGAGUUGGAGCAAGCAGGACAGAAACUUGAGGCCAAAGUCUACCAGACGCUGCAGCUGCAGAUCUGGACUAUGCUCCCUGGUUUCUGCACGUGUCCUGUGGACCUACUCACAUCCUUUAAAGGCCUUGCCCGUGUCCUUGGUAUGGCUAUUAAUGAACGGCCGGAUCUGAGACUCACAGUGUGCCAGGCCUUACGUACGAUCAUCAACAAGAGCUGCUCCUCUGAGGAGGAAAAGGCAGAGGUGGGCCGCUUCUCCAAGAACUUCUUGCCCAUCUUCUUCAACGUGUACAGCCAGCAGCCUGCAGCAGGAGAGCCCGGCAACUACAGGAUGGCUGUACAGGACACCAUCAGGGUCUACCUGACGGUCACAGACACACCGAUGAUCUGCACAUUCCUGCAAAAAGCCACAGACAGACUGAGCAGCACAGAGGCAAACGAGUUCACACGGCUGUCUAUGAUGGACCUUGUGAUUACCAUGGCUCCCUUUGUAGACGGGGCUACCAUGACUAAAACCUUUGAGCUGAUCAGGCCGUAUUUGGAGACCAAAGAUCCCGGCAUGCAGAAGAAGGCGUACCGUGUGCUGGAGGAGAUGUGCGGAGGAGAGAGAGACGAGUGCACGUCGUUUGUCUUGGACAAUCUGGAAACUCUAAAAGCGGUGCUGCUGGAGACUCUGAAGAACGCCUCCUCGCCUGCAAAGAGGCCAAGACUGAAGUGUCUGAUCCACAUUGUGAAGCGGCUCAGUGAAGAACACAGAGACUUUAUCACGGCUCUGCUGCCCGAGGUGAUUAUAUGCACCAAGGAGGUUGCUGUGGGAGCUCGUAAGAAUGCGUACACUCUGCUGGUUGAAAUAGGAAAUGCUUUUGUACGCUUCUGUGGAAACCCAAAAGAUGCCAUGGAACAGUACCUGAUGCUGGUGUAUGCAGGACUCACAGGCUCCGUCACCAUGAUCACCUGCACCGUGCUGGCUCUAACCCGCCUAGUGUUCGAGUACAAAGACGCUAUAGAUAAAAGCAACAUGGAGCAGCUGCUGCACAACAUCAGCCUGCUGCUCUCGUCCCGGACCAGAGAGAUCGUCAAAGCCGCUUUGGGCUUCAUCAAGGUCAUCCUCUUCAUUAUGGACCCGAAGACGCUGGGUUCACACGCCACAGUCAUGAUGGAGGGCGUAGGAAACAUCAAAGAUGACGUGAGGAGACACUUCAGAACCAAACUCAAGAACAUUUUCACAAAGUUCAUCAGAAAGUUUGGUUUUGAACUGGUGAAGAGCAUGCUGCCUGCAGAGCAUCACAAGGUGCUCGCAAACAUCCGCAAAGCUGAGGCUCGUACAAAGAGAAAGAAGCAGGUGGCCGAUCAGCAGGACGACUCUGAGAGCGAGGAGGAAACACCUAAAGCAAAGAGCAAAAGUAUCGAGGAGAUCCUUGCAGAGUCGGACAGUGAUAUGUCGGAGGAUGAAGGGAAGGCUGGUAACGCUCAGAAGAAGAAACCAGGCAAACAGCAGAAAGGACGAGCCUGGCUCAAAGAAGGAGUGGAGGAUGACCCGCUUAACUUCCUGGAUCCCAAAGUUUCCCAGAGAGUGCUAGCCACCAACCCCGCCCUGAAGAAGAGCGCUAAGGUGGAGCACGGCUUCAAGGUGACAUCAGACGGGCGGCUGAUCAUCAGAGAUGACGACGAGGAGGAUGUUAAUGAGAAAGAUGGGGAAGAGAUGAAGGACAUCCUAGAGGAAGCUGGAGUGAAGAGUAAAAAGACACAGAAAAGAAGGUUCAGAGACGACAACUUUGAUGAUGACAUGGAUGUGGAACCACAGCUGAAAUAUAAAGCUGGAGGCUCAGGUAUCCACAGAGCGCUGGGAGGAAGGCCAGAAGUCGGGUCAGAUUACAAGUCAAAGAAAGGAAAAGGAGAUGUGAAGAAACAAGGAAAACUUGAUCCCUACGCUUACAUCCCUCUGAGGAAGGCUCAGCUCAACCGCAGGAAGCGUGCCAAACUUCAGGGCCAGUUCAAGGGCAUGGUGAAGGGAGCCCAGAAGGGGGCGCAGUCAGGAAAGAAAAUGCAUAAGAAGAGGAAAGCUUGAGGAACAUUCUCUUAUUACGCCAUGGACUUAAACUGUGUUGUGUGUUCAUAAACAUACAACAUUUAUAGGAUAUACACCUUGGCUGUGUGUGUGUAUGUCUGCGUUUCUGUCAUUGAAGGUGAAACCGGUUUGUUUUUGAACUGAUCCAUCUCUCUGAGCUGCAGAGCUUUUAGAUGGAUGUCCCAGAGCUUCAUGACAGUUGUGUGUAAGAGUGUGUUUCUGCCUUUCAUGGACUUUGAUGAACCAUAAAAAUGUAUUUAUGUUUGAAUAUUGUGGAGAUCUGUUGGCUGACAAUAACACAGAUUUGGUAAAAGUGAUUUCUGCUGUUGUUGUCAAUGUGGUCACUUGAGGGCACUGUAGACCUCCGUCCUGUCAACAGUGAACGAACGAAUGCAUUCAUGAUUUUAAAACUGAUUUAAAGCUGCUUUUAUUUUGAAAAAUAUAAAACAAAAGCUCCUCUACAAAUCUUCA